AUGGAAUUCCAUGCAUCAACUGACUUUGAGCUAGUUCCACUCCCUCCUAGAGUCUUCUUCACUCCCCACAACGGUUCUGCAUCAGAUCCCCAACAGGUGCACAUAUCAAUCGCGGGGAUAGAUCACAUCCGAAUCACCUGGCUAACCGACGACAAAACAGUCCCUUCCGCCGUCGAAUAUAGCACCGAACCGGGAAAUUACAUCUUCAAGGUGGCCGGCGGAGACAAGAGUUCGUAUCAGUUCUUAACCUAUACCUCAGGUUUCAUCCACCAUGUCAGGAUUGGACCUUUGGAACCCAACACCACUUAUUACUACAGAUGCGGCGGCCACGGCCCAGAAUUCUCCUUCAAAACCCCUCCCUCAACCUUCCCCCUCAAAAUCGCCGUCGUUGGGGAUAUGGGUCAGACAGACUGGACAAAAUCAACACUACAAGGGCUAGAAAGCAAAGACUACGACUUGCUGCUGCUACCGGGGGAUUUAUCCUACGCCAACAGCACGCAGCCUCUGUGGGACUCGUUCGGCCGGCUGGUGGAGCCACUGGCCAGCCGGCGUCCGUGGAUGACGACGGAAGGAAAUCACGAGAAGGAGAGCUAUCUGGUCGGCGAGGCAGAGUCCUUCAAGGCAUACAAUGCCCGGUGGCUAAUGCCACACAAGCAGAGUGCGUCCACCUCCAACCUCUACUACUCGUUCGACGUCGCAGGAGCCCACGUCAUGAUGCUCAGCUCCUCCACCGAAUUCAGAUCCGGGUCGGACCAGUAUGCCUGGCUGGUGACCGACUUGGCCCGAAUCGACAGAACAAUGACGCCGUGGGUUUUCGUAUCGUUGCACACGCCGUGGUACAAUACCAACGAUGGGCGUCAAGGGGACGGGGAAGGGAUGAGAGCAGCCAUGGAAGAGCUGCUUUAUGAGGCUAGAGUGGAUGUUGUCUUCGCUGGUCAUAUUCAUGCCUACGAAAGAUUCACUAGGAUUUAUGACAACAAGGCUAACUCGUUGGGUCCAGUCUACAUCACUAUCGGGACUGGCGGGUGCCAUAGUGGAGUUUACUCACAGUUUAUGAAGCCAACUCCAGCGUUAUCGUUGUGUCGAGAUGCAAGGUUUGGACAUGGGCGGCUGAGGAUAUUGGAUGAGAAACGAGCCCAUUGGUCAUGGCAUCCCAACGACUCGGAUGUCGCUGAGGACGAGGUGUGGUUGACGUGUUUAAGCGCAGCUCGAGAUGAUUAG